AUGGCUAGGUGUUGCAGACGUCUCACCGCUGAUAUUGCGGGGGAGUUUCUUGCAUCUGUGGACACCUUUCUAUUCGAUUGUGAUGGUGUCUUAUGGAAUCACCAAGAUGCCACUCCUGGUGCUGUGGAAACUUUAGAUAAGCUUAGAAAUCUGAACAAAAAGGUAUUCUUUGUAACCAAUAACAGCACCAAAAGCAGAGCUGACUAUGUGAAGAAGUGUUUACAGCUAGGAUUUCAUGCUGAAGAGGAUGAAAUCAUAUGCACAGCAUUUGUAGCAGCACAGUAUUUGAAGUCUAUCCUGCCAGCCAACAGUAAGGUCUAUGUGAUGGGUAUGCCAGGGAUGCUACAGGAGCUUGACAAGGCUGGUAUCAGACAUAUAGGUAGUGGGCCUGAUGUUAUUCACGGUACAAUCACAGAAUGGGUGCAGACAGAACUGGACCCAGAGGUGAACUGUGUGUUAUUGGGCUUUGAUGAAAACAUCAGUUAUCUUAAAGUUAUGAAGGCAGCAUCUUAUGCACGUCGCAAGGGUGCAUUCUUUGUGGCCACAAAUGAGGACAAUGAACUUCCAAUGGAUGGGCCAAUAGUUAUACCAGGUACUGGAGUUGUAGUGGCCGCAGUGAAGACAGCAGCUGCUCGAGAUCCAAUUGUAGUAGGCAAACCCCAUCACCCUAUGUUUGAUAUGAUAGCUAAGUCAUUCAAUGUAGAGCCAGACAGAACAGUCAUGGUGGGAGACAGGUUAAACACAGACAUCAUGUGGGCAAAUAAUUGUGGACUUCAUUCUAUUAUGGUCUUGACGGGUAUAGCAACUUUAGAAGAGGCUCAACACCUAAUGACCAGCAAUUCUAUAGAACACCAAAAGCAAAUACCAGAAUUUUAUUUAGACAAGAUAGGAGACUUGGAGGAGUUCUUGAAUUGAUAAUAAAGGACACAUAGUUACAUAGAUCAAGAGAUGAAAAUGUCCUAAUUAAAUGUUAUUGAUGUGCACUUGGUUAACAGUAUUAUCCAUGUCAUCAUGAUUGAAAUUUCCAAUUCAGUUUAAUCUUAUCCAUUUCAUCAUAAUUAGAAUUUCGAAUUCAGCUUCAUCUUGGGAGCUAAAUGAUUUGAUACAUAUACCUAGAGAUUCUCCAGGUCACUCACUAAUGGUGUCUUGUGCUGAACAAAAUGUGAUAAAUUCCUUCCGGGACUGAAUCUGUCUACUGGACCAUUGAUUGCCCAGUCUAAAGGUGUGCGAAACAGCAAACGUCUCUCCUGGGCUCCGUAACUCGAAAGCAUCACGAAUUGUGAUUGAGCACAAGCUUCUCUCUUCCAUGACUCGGGGGGGAUUUACUCACCCCAUUCAACAGCCUCAAAAUAAAAGGUGAUAUCGCUAUUCACAAUUCACGAUGCUUUCGAGUUACAGAGCCCUGGUCUGCCCUUUUUGACUUAUAGCAGUAUCAACAGGUCCGGACAAUCCUGUCCAAUGAGCAGAUGUGCUUUAUUUACAUCUGGAAUCUCUGUGAUAUUAAGGUUGUUGAGAUGCAGCCAACGCUUCAAUUCUACCUCAUGAACUAGGCCUGAGAGAUCAAUGUUAAGCUCCUGUCUCACAAUGGUUCUUUUGAGGUGUCUUGCUGUCCUGUAUAUCGCUAACUGCAGUGUAAGUAGUUGCCACUACAGUUUCUAUCUGGAGCCUUUCUUGUGAUAUAGUGGUGAAUUCUUUGUGGCAUUUGUGUCCCAUUGCUCCCAGUUUUCUACCGAGUUCUUCUGUGCAAUAGGUGGCGUUUGUUCCAAUAUAUGACAUGGCAAAGUCUCUACAUGGGAGUCGGAGUCUGGGUGUCUAAUUCUAGCUGGAAAAAUUGGGAGCGCUUAUUUUCCUUCUGAGCUGUUUACAAAGUUGUUCAUCUGCAGUUCAGAUGCUGGUGUGUGCUGGUUGUUGGACUGUGGCACAACCGCUGGCGUAGUGUGGUUGCCCUGUGAUGGAUUGUGUGUAGGAAAAUGUAAAAACAUCCAUCCUUCCACCCUGCAUCAGAUGGUGCUAAGACAUUUCUUGAGUCAUGCCCCGUUGCAGUAAUUCAUCAGGCAAGUAAGAUUUAUUCCAGGAUCUGCUGACUUGUUGUCCACUGUGUUUUUAAAUGCUCUAAUGCAUGGCCAAUAUUGGAGUGGGUUUCCACCAAACUUCUGCAGUUCAUUUCUUGGUAACUGCAAGGUGUCAACAACAGUGUGUUGUUGAAUCCUGGAUUCUCUAGCACUUAAGGCACUGGUGUUACAAUCUUCAGGGGAAAUAAUACACCAUGGCUCCCUCAAUAAUCUGGGGGGUUUAGAUGGGCUUGAGGAGUGCUCUGGCUGAUAUUUCCUGUCUCUGGUACCUCUUCCUCUGCAUUUAUUCUUCUUUCAUAGUUACACUUAAUUAUUGAUUAAUUAUUCUAUUGUCUAAAUUGUGGCUUCACCAGAUGAGCUGUCAACCAUGGUUAAUACAGAAGGAUGGCAAUUAUAUAAUUAUGAUUGAUAUUAUUUAAGUUAUAUUUUACUGAUACAAUUCUAACCUAUACAAGACAUCUAGUCAUUGCAUAGCAUCAAUAAUUAUCUGUUUAUGUAUUAUUUGUUAUUGUAUUAAUUUCCAAUAUAUAUAUAUAUAUAACAGGUCAACUCUUGUAGCUCAGCCUCCAAGGCAUGUUUUUUUUUCCAUCAGUCACAGCUGCUGAUGCUCUCUCUAUUUCCAGUUGAGCUUUUUUUUUUUUUUUUUUCUAUUUUUUUCAAAUUCCAUCAGCAGUUGUUUCCUUACUCUUGCUGCUGUGAAAUGGCAUCUAAUUCUUUGUGUGGGUCAGGUUGUGUUGUCAGGAACACUUCGUCCUCUUCCUUUAAGGUAUCCAUAUAUUUCAGGAAUAUUAACGUCAGGAAUAUUGAACUGUAGCAAGGAGUUACAACAGAAACUCCUUGACUGUAGGAACUCUAAAUUCUGGGUAUAACAGAGGAGUGUUAAAUAAUGCAGUCCAUCAGGAAUAUCAAAGUCAGGAAUUUUUAACUCCAGAAAAUUUAAACUAUAAGACGCGUAGUGUUAGGAAGGAAGUAAAAAGACUUGCUAUAUGAUAUAUUGUUUAUUGUCUCAUCAAGUAUUGUGCACUCAUCAUUGACGAUUUAAACUGAAAUAAAACACUUAAGUCCUUUAAUACAAUAGAUAUAGAACCUAAAUUACCACUAAAAUAUUCAAAAUUGUUAUAAUUGAACGGCCAAAAACUAAUUACAUCAGCAGCUUUGCCAAGCUUUCUUCUUAUUGCAGCCGCAUGUUGAAGCAUUGAUUCUCUGCGGCGUUCGAUAGCGGCUCCUCCCUUCUCUUUAGUUCCUUUGCAUCUUUCUUCAUUGCAGAAGGUGGUCUGCCUAUGCAUGGCCAACACGCCCUCUUGCAAUCCUAAGAGCAUUUGCCAACCGAUUUGUAAGAGGUUCAAAACACGACAUUUCGAAUAGAAUUCUUGAAUUGAGAUUUACGCAAAUGUAAAUCGAAUACAGAAAAAGUGUUGCCGCAUCGCAA